AACCCUUAUAUACGCGCUCGUCUCUUUCGAUGUUUUCAAUUUCUUAUCUGGGUCCAGACUCCAGAGCUUUCACUCGUUGGAACAAUAAGCUAUUUCGAAUUUUCGGUAGAGAUAGAGAAACAAUGGGGAGUGCACCAUCGAUGCUAACUCAAUAUGAUAUUGAAGAUGUUCAGGAAUAUUCCUACAAUCUCUUUUCUCAGCAAGAAAUAGUGUCCCUGUACGAAAGAUUUUGUCAGCUCGAUAGGAACGCAAAGGGUUUCAUCUCCGCUGACGAGUUCUUAUCUGUUCCGGAAUUUGCCGUAAAUCCCCUUUCUCAGAGGUUGCUUAAGAUGGUUGAUGGAUUGAAUUUUAAGGACUUCGUGGCCUUCUUGUCGGCUUUUAGUAGUAAAGCAAGUAUUCAACAAAAAAUUGAACUCAUCUUCAAGGUCUAUGACUUAGACAACAAGGGAAAGGUCACUUUCAAUGAUAUAUUAGAGGUGCUGCGAGAUUUGACAGGUUCUUUCAUGACUGAGAAGCAAAGAGAGACAGUUUUGAGCCAAGUAUUGGAGGAAGCUGGUUACACAAGGACAUCUUUUUUACUGUUGGAUGACAUCAUUAAGAUUCUUGGCUGUCCUGGAUUGAAGAUGGAGGUUGAAGUGCCUGUCGACUAAGUUAAACUGGGGAGUUUAGCUACCUUGGCUCACGAUAAACAAAGGAGAGGAUGCCCAGCAAUACUUUGUAGCAUGCGUUUGAAAUCAACCUUGGGACACAACUCUGUCUAUAAUUUUCUUUCUCAUACUUUUUUUUUUCGUAUUUUCCAUAACAAAUGAACAAUAUCGGAGAAACUCUCUCUCUGACAUGAGAAACUAAGCAUCUGAAUUUUGUAAAUAGUUAAAGAUAUGAGUAAAAAUGGGUGGGAGGUAGAGAUAGAAAUGCAGUUUCAUUUGCGUUUUAUGAUUAUAAUUUCAGUA